AUGGCUGAACCCACCAAGCAGGAGAUCCAGGACGUCUUCAAGAAGCUGUCUCUUCACCGCGCAAAUAAGAACUGCUUUGACUGCCACGCAAGUAUCGACAACAACUGCUGGACCAGCAUUCCCUUUGGCAUCUUUCUCUGCACAGACUGUGGCGCACUCCAUCGUAGCUUUGGAACCCAUGUCAGUUUUGUCCGAUCGACAGUGCUGGAUAAAUGGACCUGGGAACAGCUGCGGGCAAUGACGGUCGGAGGCAAUGCUGCCGCAAAGGAAUAUUUUAACAAAUACCCAGGUUCGGAUUCUAAGGAUGCAAAGACAAAGUACUCCAGCAAGAUCGGACUUGCCUACAAGGAGAAAUUGUCCCAGAAAGUCAAGGAUGACCUGAUUGCUCACCCUGGUAGACAAGGUUUGGAGAACGAGGAGGCCAGCAAGUCCACGUUAUCAACACCAGUGUCUGCGAACGUCCCAGAGGACGAUUUUUUCAAUACCUGGAACCAGCCCAAAAAGCCUACAUCCUCAACCGUGACAUCGCCACAGACUGCCGGACCACCCGUGGUUGGACUCGGAUCUGCUGCCAACACCACUCGCACCAGUACGUCAACUUUAACGUCCAAUCGACCAGUCAAAUCAACCCUCACUUCUGCCAGAAAGACUGGCAUGGCAGCAAAGCCCAUGAAGCUGGGUGCUAAAAAGACAGGAACCAUUAGUUUUGAGGAAGCAGAAGCACGUGCCAAGGCGGAGGCAGAGAGGAUUGAGAUAUUGGGUUUCGAAGCUGCUGAGGAGGAGAGACUUCAAAAGUUGGCGGCUGAGAAGGCCAAGGCUGAGGCUGUGGCACAGGGAGGAGCUCAGGCUAACAAGGGUAUGAACGCAUCGGCUGCCCGCACCAACUACUACCAGGCCAACACUGCAGACAAUACGCGUGUCUCUUCUGAGGAUCUGGAGCGACUGGGUAUGGGUAUGGGUCGCAUGGGUUUUGGAGCAGCGCCUGCAGCAAAGCCAGCAACAGCCCGGUCAGGAUUCGGUAGCAUGGGCAGCGGUUACUCUCCUCAAGUAGAAGAGAACUCGACGGCGGCGCGGGAAAAGUUUGGCAGCCAAAAGGCAAUAUCGUCGGACCAGUACUUUGGGCGGAACAACUACGAUGCUGACGCGCAAGCCGAGGCCAGCAACCGACUGCAGUCCUUCUCAGGGGCCACUAGUAUCAGCAGCAACCAAUACUUUGGCCGGCCCGAAGAUUCACCUUCUCUCACCAGUGAUGUGUCAUUGUCGUCGUUGAGCAACAUUUCUGGAUCAGAUUUGGCCAAGAAGUUGGGACAGGCUGAUCUGGCCACUCUUAAGAACGCCGUACAAACUGGAGCCGGAAAGGUAUAUAGCAACUUGAGCUUUUAA